GUGAGUUCCAACUCCUCCCAGUUGAACAGGGAGGCUGAGCACAGCAUGGCGACCACCUUCAGGUUCGGAACCACAAGCAGUCCAUGCCGGGCAGCCUCUGAAGGGAGGGCGAACGAGGCCGAGGAAUACGAUGAUAAAGGAAACAGUGACCCAGAAAAGCUACUGCAAUGUCCGUUUGACAAAAACCAUCAAAUCCGGGCCUGCCGAUUUCCUUAUCACCUGAUUAAAUGCAGGAAGAAUCAUCCCCAACUGGCCAGUGAGCUGAAAACUUGUCCCUACAAUGCUCGCCACCUGGUUCCCAAGCACGAGCUGGCACAACACACCAAGACUUGUGAAUACAGAAUAUCUGUGACAGCUGAGGAGGCUGAAGGCAUAAAUGGACAGUGUAACUGGCACGUUCCAGUAAGUACGUGGGUAAAUCCGAACAUGUCUGAGGAUUGGGACCAAGAGGCAGAUGAAGAAGCUGCUCCAUUCGUGUGGGGUGUAAAUACAAUGCUGAAUCAAAUUCCUGACUCAAAGCCCGCCAACCACCUUGGUAAAAGCUUUAGAGUGCCCAAUAACCUCCCAUGGUCUGGAUUGUGAAGUUGCUUUUUUUUUUUCUGUUUAUAUACUCCCUUAGCUUUGUGUGUAUGCAUGCAAGUGACUUUCAAUUUUAGAAUUUGUUCUUAAUGUUUCUAAGCUAACUUUAUAUGGGCACACCAAUCCAAAAUAUCUUCCCUCUUGCAUGCAUCUAAUUUUUGUCACUGAGCGCAGCUGCAACCUCACUUAUCGACGCAAGCCUUGGUUUUUACUCUUGUUUUAUUGCUGGGCUUCGCUCCCCUACUGCAAACCGUCCUGUUAAAUUGUGUAAUGCUGAAGGAAAGGGUUUGUGCAAUGGGUUUGCAGUUUGGCGUGGUUAUUUGCAUACUAUAAUGCACAGCAUCGUUGGAUCUUACAGAGAUCUGUAUGGGCUUAAAUAUGAACAAUAGUUUUGUUUUUGUUUCCCCCUACCAUUGUAUCAGGAUUUUAAAGGGGGUCUAUUGAACUCAUUAAUCUGUUGAUUAACUUGGUCUUUGUUGACUUUUCAAUAAAGGCUAAAAGAACCUGAAAUGUUUUUUUUUGUU